AUUGUAUGUAGAGGAACGUGUAGGUGGCUUUGUAUUUAAUGUUUCAUUAUAAUGUUUCUUUAUCAUUGUCGUGCACAAGGUGUGCAACAUAGACUUGGAGCUUUAGAAUGUUGUUUGAAUUUAUAUGGAUAAGUUGUACUGAAUCCAGGAAGAUGUAAUAGAAUACUAUUUCAAUUCUCCAGACUUAAUUAUUUUUGACAGCCUCUAUACCAAUCUGUUUGGGUCAAGUGACAGACAGAAUUUCAAUGGGAAUUCCACUUCCACACCCUCUGCAAAUGAAUCUCUGUAUCCCUCAUCACCAUACCAACAGCACCAGAUGCACUCCGCUGGUCUUGGUCAAACUCUAAAUGGACUGUCUUACCCAUCCCAUUCCACAGACAAAUGGAAUUCUUCAAGACCCUCGGCGAUGCCUCCUCAACACUCAAAGGAGCCGUACUCUAUAGGUCCAUUUAAUAGUAUCUGGUCAAUGAAGUCCAAUGAGAUGGCGGGUGCAGGUGAAGGAGGCCAGCGCCAGAAAAAAGCAAGUGACUGGUCUUCGGAGAACACUGCAGCUUCAGAAUACCACAAUACUCAAGCUCGGGUUCCAACAACGAAUGGGCUACCCUUUGGAGGAUAUGACCAGCAGGUGCAUGGAAAUGAUGAUGUUGGUUUCCAUGGUGAUGUUGGUGGAGUCAACAGACCUGGUUACCCCUGGUCACCUUGCGAUGGUGUAAACGAUGGCAACAACUCGGGAUUGCCAGACUGGCAUUGGAACCAGGGAAAGUACUGGCAACCUGGUGGACCAGAGAUGGUUGGGAACAUGAUGAAUCCUGCAGUCAAUGAAUGGGAGCUUCAGGAUGAUGAAUUGGCUAGGAAAAACCAAGAAGAGGACAUGAAAGGCAGGGAAGAGCGAAGGAAAUGGAAGAAGAAAGGGUUGAACUAUCACGAGUUUGUUCCAGGUAAAAGUGUUCAUAAACAGAGGACACAUUCCAAUGAUCAAACCAAAGCUUGUAAUGAGAAAGUAGUUGCGUCAUUCCUUGAGAAGUACCGUGACAAGGACCCUGAAUCUCUAACUUCACAAAGUAGCAUAGAUUCAAAUGAAUACAUCGAGGCCUGUACAGUGGAUGAGGUUAGAGACCCUUGCUAUGUAACACAGGUGGCUGAAGAAUUUGGUCCUGCAUGUGGGGACAGUCAACAAACACUGGUUGGUCAGCCUUCUGUGAGUGCUCAAGGAACCGGUGGAGAGAGCCAUACACCCACAGAUGUUCCCUUACCAGAUCCUGAAAGAUGUGAUCCCACAGGUGAUCAUCAAGAAACAACAUCUAACAUUGACUCAUCAGACUUGGUAGAUCAGAUUGGGGGUCGAGAAGUGAGGUCUCUCUCGGAUCCAGUCACUGUGCAGGAGGUGCAGCAGAGUAAUAGUGUUAAAAAUGGAUCAGGGUCAAGGAAGGCACUGAGUAAUGGCAAGAUCAGACCAGGGAAGCGGAAACCCAAGUUGCCUCGGGACAAACGGAGGAUCAUUGCUCAAGCUGAAAAAUCUGAAAGUGUAUCUUCCCCAAGACAGACAAUCCAGAAUAAAACUCAAGAACAGUCUGCUGGUAUACCUGUCGAUAAAAAGGCAGACUUGAUCACCAAAGUAGCAGGUUCACUCCCAAAACAGUCAUCUUCCAAAUCUCUCAAAAACAAGUCAUCUGAACAUAUUGUGCAAUCGUCCAAAUCUGCAGAGAAGAAAUCACCAAAAAGCAAAUGUAUACAAGACAGCACUGGAGAAAGUUCUCUUUCUGCAUCCAAAGCACACACAGUGAAAUCUUCAUCUCAACAAGUGCAAUCUGAGAAGUGUACUUUAGUCAGUCAGUCAUCUUGCCUCGAGUGCAGUAUACGUGACGAUUGUGAUAGGGCAACUAGUGACAAUAAAUCUGCUCCCUCUUCAAAAGUUUUCCAAUCUGCACAAGUCGAAGAAGACCUUGGAACAAAGGAUAGUACAUCAUGCGAUCUUUCGUGUGGUAAAACUAAGGCAAACAACACCUUGAAAAUAAACCAUAAGUCAUCAACGUCAUUGGCUAAGAACGUCUCAAGUGCUUGUGUGGAUGAUCCCUCUUCUGGUAAUAAGAAUGUGUCCAAUGGAAUUGGACAAGGAACUAUGUCUGCAGGAACUGAGAACAUCCAGGAACAGAUUACUCAACCACCUCUUCCCAAAGAAGUAAAGAACAACAGCUCAGACUGUACCAGGGAAGUGAAAGAUUCCGCUGUUGGUAAAUCCAAAAAUAUCAGGACAGAUGUUGGAGAUCUGGGAAUGGGCUCAACCCCAGUGCACAAUCAAAAACCAAGUUGUAAACCAGACAGGAAUGGCUCAUUGAAAAAUUUGAAACAAACUGAUGAAUUGAAAUCGGGCAAAAGUAGCAAAGUUCCAACAACAGACAACUCAUCUACAAGUAUAUCAAAUGCCUGUCCUUCACCAAGCUCAGGGAUACCAUGUGGACAAGAAAAAGCAAGUUCAAAAGAGAGCAAUCUAUUCUUUGACCCCAAAAGGAUAUUUAGAGGUCAAAAAUCUGUCAAAACAGAAACAAAGAAACAGGACAAGGAAGCAGAAAAGUCAACACUUCCAAUGUCGGCAUCGACAAUCCCUAAAAAUAGCCAUUCUAAUGACAGUUUGAAUUCCCAAUCUAAAAGAACUGAUCUUGCUCAUAGGGCAGAAUCAGAACAGUGUAGUAAGCUGCAUGUUUCUCCAACUGAAUCAGUCAAUCCGAAGGAAUCUGUGAGAAAUAAUACAAAUGAAGGAAUGGCAAAUGGAACGGUCCCAAGCAAAGAUCUACCUCCACCCCCUGUCCAAACAGUGCCUUCAUCCAGUGCAAAAGAUGCAUUAGCUAGCAAAGCCUCUGCCAUGAAGACAGAUUCUACAGCUUCCCAGCAUCUUGGAGAACCUCCCAAGCAGCCUACUUCACCAGCAGAUCCACGACCUUCCAGGAUGUACAGCUAUAAGAAGGAUGAUAAAACUGGCCUUUUGAGGAGGUCAUCAGAUCCAAAAGUGGAAGAAACAACAAAGAACCAAUCCCAGAGGAGGGAUUCUAGUGGAACUCAGAGUUCUUCAGAUGAAGGCAAAGGGGAGAGGAGAUGCAGUGGUGACUCUCACAUGGACGGUUUCCACCAUCCCUUUGGUUGUUCAGCACAAUGCUACAGUAGAAGAUCUUCAUCUCCAAGUAGUUCUCGAUCAAGCUCAAACAGCAGGUCAACUGCUUCUGGUGUCAACCAGAAUGCAGGAUCUGCAUCAGCAGAAAAGAAGUCAUUUCCUCAAAUGGAGCAACAAAAUGCUUCCCCCCAGAAUGGAAGAAGCACUUCAGAAAAAGUCUUUGAUGCUAGUGCCUUCGAAGAACUUAGAGAGGGUCUUAGGAACUCCUGGUUGUCAAAGGAGAAAGAAAAACAAAGGGAGGAUGAGAAGAAAAGGCAGGAGAAAGCCAAGAAAGAACACCUGGAGAAAGUUAAGCAGCAAGAAGCUCAUGAACAGAAAAGGCGUGAGGAGAUGCAGGAAAAAAGGAAGCAGCAGGAGAAACUGGAGCAGAUGAGACAGAAGGAGAAGCAGGAGCAGAAGAAAAGGCAGGAAGAAACACAAUCAAGUGCCUCACAUCCAAAGCGUCCUACCAGAGCAACCUACAGUACGCCAAAGUUUGCAGAGCAUGGGUCCAAGGACAAGAGAUCAGGAGCAGCAACAGACAGGGAAGGACCAGGAUCUAGUACUCAACAUCCAAGAAGACCUUGGCCUGGCCAAUCUGGUGAGAGACCAAGGACACCCUCCCAGGAGGGUAGAACCGAAGAUAGUGACCUAGAGGAAGACUUGGCAAGGGGAUUCACUGAUGAAUGGUGGUUUAUACUUGGCAAGAAACUUUGCAAUGGAGUUGCUUGGUUUGUUCUCUUUACUGUUCUCCUCUGCCUUGUCAUAUUAUCAUUCCUGUUAGCAUUCUUGAGAGACGCUUGCAAGUUUGCAUACCACCGGGGAUGGGACCUGUGGUAUUGGUACAGGGAGAGACCCUCUAAAGCUGAUGAUGAUUUCUUCAACUCUCAUCAGAGAGAAUCCAGCAACAAUGGGGGCUGGUUCUUUGGCUCCGGCCAGCAGAGAGAAACGGGAGCAGGUACAGGGAGCAGGAGCCAUACAGGAGGAGGUGCAGGGAGCUGGAGCCAUACAGGAGCAUCGUCGUCAUCGUCCUCCCAGGGGUUCUGGGGUAGUGGUCGACAGCAGGAGCAAGGAGCCAGAGCAAAGAAACCACGAAAGAAACUCACUCAGAAUGUAGACCUUCCCAUCACUGAGCAAGCAGCGAUUCGUCGUCUCCUUAGCUGUGAUCCUGGUAGUUAUUAUGAGGUAGUAGGAGUAGCGGAGGAUAGUUCAGAAGAAGAUAUCAAGAGAUUCUACCGCAAGCAGUGUAUGCUUGUUCAUCCUGAUAAAACUGAUCAGCCUCAAGCCAAUGAGGCCUUCCAGAUUUUACAAAAAGCCUAUGCAAUACUAAGUGAUGAGACUAAAAGAGGUGAAUAUGACAUGGAGCUUAAUUAUAAGGAGCAUUUUGAAGAUAAGGUCAACGAUUUAUUCAAGAAAAUGUCAGAGAUGCAGAAUAUAAUGCCAUGUGCCAUAUGUAAAGGAUCUCAUAAACGUUAUGAAACUGAUCUACCAAUCCAUGCAGCAAGAUACUGUGCUACUCAUAAUUCUAGACAUCCCGUCAAAGAUGGGGAUCUUUGGAAGGAAACAGCAAGCCUGGGAUUCAAGAUCUAUGUGUUUCUAUGUGAUGAUCAGACUGUAUACGAUGUGACAGAGUGGGCAGCAUGUCAGAAUCUUGAUUGGGUGGAGGCUAACUCAUGCCGUCUGCUAUGUAAAGUCAUGAGAGGCAGUCAAGGAAAUCGACAAAGACAACACCAGUCGGCGGGAUGCGAAGGUGUGUUUGAUGAUAUAUUUGGAUCCGGGGCUUUCCGUCAAUUCCAGAAUUCAGCCAAUCAACAAGGUCACCAUGGACACAGUCACCAUGGCAACGGGGGUGGAGGAGGAGGUGGUGGUGGUGGUCACAGCCAUGGGCAGCAAGGAGGAGGAGGCCGUAACAAGGGCAUGAAAAAGUCUCGCAAGAAGAAGAAGUAGAUUCAUUUAGUCUUUGCAUGUGUAUCGAGUUGGUCACUGUACAUGUGGUCACAGUGUAACCCAUUUAACAUUGGAGCUUUCGUGUACAUGUUGAGAUUUUUUAUGUGUCAUUAUGAGGUACACAAAUAGCAUCGUGGUUAUAUGCCUUAUAAUUGAAUAUAUACAUACCGCCUGAAUAGGCAUUGCAUUGACAUUCUGGCUACGCAGGGUUUACAGGUCUCUAUACUAAAUCUUGUAUAGACUAUGCUACCUUUUACUAGACUGAACAUAGUAUUUCAAGAUAUUUUCACAAAACAAAAAAAUAUUACGUACCUUCUUCAAACACAACUUGAGUUUUUCAGAAAACAAUAUACAUUUUCGAAGUGCAAUUUAGUAUACAUGUACCAUGUCAUGUUUUCUUAUUUUUCUUUUUUUUUUCAUAUUGUACUGUUGUACAUUACAGAGAUUAUUAAUGCAACUCACCUCUGGUAAAUCUUUUUUU